AUGGCUGAAAAGUGGCAGCCAUAUAUCCUAGGGGCUGAAGACGAUUGGUCCGAGGUCAGAGACAGCGGCCAACGCAAAAGAAUCCAGAACAGACUUGCCCAGAGGGCUCGCAGAGCCAACCUUAAGGCGAGACGAAACAAGGCCAGUUCGAUAUCAGGCGAAGCCGCCCAGGUCGAAACACAAGCUGAGACAACUGAGGCCCGUGGUGGUGCAGUGGCCGACAACAACAUUGAAGAUCUUGAAAUACCUGGAUUGGAAAAUCAGGACAACGAAUCACUUGACGUCGUAUUGGACCCCCCAGCAUCAGUUGCUGAUACGCAGAUCGACACCUUACAGCCUGGUCUCGACGCUCAGUUCCUCUUACUCACCUCUCUCACUACAGUCGCAGCAUUGUCCUCAAAUGCCACUCUUCUUCACAUCCCAUGCGAAGUCCCAAGCAUUGAUACCUUCAACCCAUCACAAACAUCUCUCCCUUCCACUCUUAUGCCCACUGAGCUACAAAAAACCAUCCCUCAUCCCCCGUUUGUCGACGUCAUCCCUUUUCCUGGGGUUCGAGACCGCGUCCUCCGUUCUCUGGCCGUAAUAGAUUUGGAAAAGCUCACUAUUGAUCUAACAGGCGGAGCUUUCAAGGUUUGGGGAUCUAUACCGUGGGAUGGGACGAGUUGGGAGGUUUCUGAAGAGUUUGCCAAGAAGUGGUGGUUCUUGAUUGACGGGGAACUGCUUCAAGCAACAAACUUUUGGCGCCGACAGAGGCUGGAGCCAAGCAUUUCAGCUAGCGAUAUUCUGAUUGGAGAGUAA